AUGGCGACAAAUGUUGAGGAAAUAUGCAUUGCAAAGUUAAAGGAGAAAAAGUUCAUCGCAAAUGGAUUUGCUGGGAGUAUGAUGUCGAAUUUUUACGAGCUGAUGCAAAGCGGUGAAUUUUGUGAUGUAGUUCUGCGUGUUGGCAGUCGAGAUUUUAAUGUGCAUAAAGUUGUUUUAGUGUCAGCGAGCCCUUACUUCAGUGCAAUGUUUCGAGGGGGUAUGAGUGAAAAAUUUCAACAAAAGGUUUGUUUAAAAAUGUUGAUUGUUGGAAUAUGCCAAUAAUUAACCAGUAUUUAUAAUCCUGGGCAAAUAAAAAAAGUCUGAUAAUUUGUCUGUAAUAAACAUGGCAAACAGAGGGAUACUUCAAUAGAGCUUUGGCACUCAUUCCCCAGGGACCAACUCAAAAGCCAUGGCGGCCAUGUUGGUGUUCCAGACAAAAGAGUCAAUAGACCUUAUGCAUAAUGAAGUCACAAGGCUUGAUGCCCGCAACACAGAAUAGAUACCGGACCAGAAGUGUCAUUCCUAUUUGUUUUGGCUGAAGGAAAACGUCCGAAUUUUUUUUACGUGCUAUAACGCCAUCCUGGAGUGCACCCGGCACUUUGUACCUAUGUUUUCCUAUGAAAAAUGUCCGUGUGCACUCCAGGAUGGCGUCAUAUGAUGGCAUAUUUUCACGUCAGCACUCAUAAAAUUUCGGACAAAAUAUCAUCUGAGUGACACUUCUGGGAGGGCCCCCUAUACCUCUUCACAAUAUGCUUUCACGUAAAAAUAUUUUGCCUUUUCACGAGUCACGAAAAAUUGAAAAAAUUCCUUCACGUUCACGGAAAAAUUGAAGCGAUCACGAUUCACGUAAAAAUAAAACAAAAUUCACGAAUUAUUAUAUGGAUGUCUUCCUUAAUUGUAGAAUCAUUGUACUCGUCUGUACUUACUUCGACAUGCUUUCAAACCUCCAACUAUGACGAAAACAGGCUUCUGUACAUCAAGUACUUCAAAAAACAGCAACAAACCUUAUUUAUUCCUUGGAAAGCUGAUCACACAAAAGGUCACAAAACAGAUGAUUCACGAAUCCCGCAUAUUUCUAUCUGCCAUUCACGGGUCACGGUUAAAUCGAACCUUUCCUUCACGUGCACGUAAAAAGAUUGGAAGUCAUACCAUCACGAAUCACGGAUUAAGAAAAUCAUCGAUCACGUUUCACGGCUAAGUAAAAUAAGCCCAUCACGCUUCACGCAAAAAGUAUACGGGGCCCUUUUCUGGUCCUGUAUCUAUUCUGUGCCCGCGAGGAAUUUAAAUGGUCUUGGUAGUCAUAGCCCGGGAAAAUUUCAAUAAUGGCCAUUUUUAAUUGUUUAAUUUUCCUGGGCGAUGACUACUAAAACCAGCAUUCCUUGCAGGCAUCAAGCCUUGUGAAGUCAUUAUGCAUAAGAUCUAUUAAAAUUCUUUUGAAUUUGGAAAUUGGAACACCAACAUGGUGCUAUUCACAAGUUAUGCUCUCCUAUUCACUGGCAUAACCAGUGCAAUAUACCUGGGGUGGCAAUGCAAAUUUCAAAUCAUUACCAUUAUUCAUUUAUUUUCAAUUUAUUGUCUUUAAUACAGUUUAUGAACACGACAAAAUUUGCAUUGCCACCCCUGGUAUAUUGUGCUGGCUAUGCCAGUGGUUCUAUUAGAUGAAUUCAAUAUUUACAUAGUUUGUCCAUUGGGCUAUUGGGGGGGGGGGGCUGGUGAAAAGAGAGGGGAUAUUUUUGUGCAUGGAUAAAGUCAUUAAGGGGGACCCAUUGAUUUAUUUUUGUGCAUGGAUAGUCAUAAAGGGGGCCCAUUGAUUUUUGUGUAAAUAGUACUUAUCCCAUUUGUAAUUUGAAGCAGGGAAAUUUAAACAUCUAUGAAAGUGGUUAUUCUACAGUCUAAAUUAAAAUGUUUUUCAUGCAUGACAGCAAGGACUGCAGAAAAAGGAAGGUGGGAGCUUUAAACUUAAAUAUAGUGAUUUUUAUUUAAAUAAUAUGAAAUGCUACUGCUACAACAGAAUACUACACAGAAGUCCAUCUCCAUUGUUUUUAGCGUAAGCUCUAUUCGUCAUGAUUCGUCACUCAGCAAGUACCGUAAACAGAAGCAAUCACCCUCCUGGAAAUACUAAAAAUGGCAUAUUUCCAGGGGGGUGAUUGCUUCUGUUUACGGUACUUGCUGAGUGACGAAUCAUGACGAAUAGAGCUUACGCUAAAAACAAUGGAGAUGGACUUCUGUGUAGUAUUCUGUGCCCAAGUGCAUAACACCAGAAACAAAAAUAUUUAUAUGUACAUGUUUUUUUCAAAAUUUGUCUGCCUAAAAAUAUUUAUCUUACCUGUUUGGUAUUAGGUGAACAUCAAAGAAGUUACCAGUGAAUCAAUGGAAUUGCUUCUGGAUUUUUGCUACACUGGUGAAAUUACAGUCACUGAAAACAAUGUGGAAGAUCUGCUUCUUGCAGCCGAUCUCUUGGGUUUCAGCCAUGCCAAGGAAUCCUGUUCCAGCUUCUUGCAAGACCAACUUGAUCCUGGUAACUGUAUUGGUAUCUUGCAAUUGGGUGAGAAACACACAUGCACUAAGCUUUGCAGCAAGGCAGAGUCUUACAUCCUUAGGAACUUCAAAGAUGUUGCAGAAUGCAAUGAAAUUUUGAGCUUGGACGUCAAACAAUUGAAAUACUUGCUGGAAAGUGACAAUAUUAACAUUGAUAAUGAACUUGAAGUCUUACAAGUGAUCUUCAAUUGGGUAGAAAAUGAUAGCAAGACGAGACGUAAAAUGUUGCCGUUCCUACUUCCUGCUGCAAAACUUUCUUUUAUACCACCCAAGAAACUUCGUGAAAUCUCGAAACAGAGUCUUAUACAAGGUGAUAUAUUUUUACAAAAUAUUAUUGAAGAAGCAAUGAUCUGUCAUUGUGAAUGCGCCGGGAUGCCAAUGCGGAAGUCCUGCGCCGCGUGGUUGUACAUUCUUGGUGGUGAGAGAUCAUUCAUGAAGGAAACAAGAUCGAUUGAGUAUUUUGAUUGUGAAAGAAUGGAGUGGAACAAUACCGUGAAACUCGCUGGCAGCCGCGUUGCAUGUGCUGUUACAGUGCUCGGGAAUACGUUGUAUGUGAUUGGUGGCAGCAGACAGGGCACGAAAUUGAAUACAGUGCAGUGUUAUGAUCCCGAGAGUGCUGCAUGGGAAAAUGUAGCCCAUCUAACGAAAUGUCAAGGAGAAGUGAAGGCGGCCGUGUUGGACGGCAAUAUUUAUGUUGCUGGAGGAUCUUGUACAGGGCAGGCAACGUGUAGGUAAGGGUUAACAGAAGACUGUCAUGCUUUAUUUAUGUUCUUAUCUUGCAUUUCACGCUGUUGAUUUUGAAAAAGCACGCCAUUUCUUAUAAAUUUUUGAACUUUUCUAGUUACGUGGAGAAGUAUUGUCCCGUCAGCAAUAAAUGGACAGCAGUUUGUAACAUGACCCACAAGAGACGGAGAUUCUCCCUUGUGUUGUUGAACAACUCUCUAUAUGCUGUUGGUGGUUUUGAUGAUCAGAGAGGAUACCUAUCAUCAACUGAACAUUACUUGCCCGAUUCAAACGAUUGGCAGGAAGACGCUUCCAUGUUUUACAAACGAUGCGAUUUUGGUGCAGUAGCACUAUCUGGUUAUAUUUUUGCUGUAGGUGGUGUGAACGAGCGACAAGGUUCACUUUCCUCGGUGGAAAGGUACAACCCAUCAAGAGACAGCUGGGUCGCAAUGUCCUCCAUGAACAGGCCGCGUGGUGGUCCUGCCGUCGCCGUGUAUUGUGGGAAGAUAUUUGCUAUGAAUGGAAUGAGCGAGUACAUGUCGGUUGAAGACAGCGUGGAAUGCUAUGACGAGGUGUCUAAUUCUUGGAAACAUGUUGCUGGCACAACAAUGGCGCGAUUCGGAGCAGCAGCAUUUGUGUUCAAAUUCUUAAUUUAG